UUAUGCGCGUCAAGCGUCGGAUGAUUACGCGAGGGCGGUGCCAAGUAGGAGAUAAGCGACGACGAGAACCUCACCGGUAGUUGCAUCCUUUGCUUUAACCAUUUAUAAGCACCUUGUUUAGCUACCGUUAGCCGUUUAUACCAACCAGCUCACAAACAAUUGCUGUUGUUUUUUUUUUGUAUGUCACGAAUUCCAUUCAUAUCUGUCAAGAAUUCGAAACGGAAAAUAAACCACAUUAUGGAGACGGAGAUACACGUGCCUGUGGGGUCGCCGGUAAUUCGAAAAUUCCCGAUUUUCGUGGAGGAACAUAACGUAACCGAUGGGGCAAUGAAGCUGGUAAAGCAGCUUCGGCCAGCGUGGGACAUAAACCAUGUCAAGACCAAGCUCUUCACUGAUGGGACCACUAAUAAGCUGGUGGGUUGUUAUGUGGAUGCCAGUCCAGAGGAUGUGGUUCUGGUGCGUGUGUAUGGGAACAAGACGGAGCUGAUCGUCGACCGAGACAACGAGCUCAAGAGCUUCCAGGUUCUACAUGCUAACGGCUGUGCGCCGCGCCUCUACUGCACCUUCCAGAAUGGCCUCUGCUACGAGUUCAUGCAGGGGGACGCCCUCGGAACACAGGAUGUCAGGGACCCGAUCUUACUCAGGCUAAUAUCCAGGGAGAUGGCUCGUAUCCAUGCGAUCCACGCACAUAACGGCUGCAUCCCCAAACCCAACCUGUGGAUCAAGAUGAGGAAAUAUUUCUCUCUGGUCGCCACCGAGUUCACAGAGCAAGCCUCCAACGCCAGGAUCCAGCAGGAGGUGCCCAGCCAGGCAGUGUUGGAGCAGGAGAUGGUGUGGAUGAAGGAGCACUUGUCUCAGCUGGGCUCUCCUGUGGUGCUCUGUCACAACGACCUGCUCUGCAAGAAUAUCAUCCACAACAGCAAAGAAGGCCAUGUCCGGUUCAUAGACUAUGAAUACUCUAGUUACAACUAUCAGGCCUUUGACAUCGGGAACCACUUCAACGAGUUUGCUGGUAUGAGUGAGCUGGACUAUGGGCUGUAUCCUAGCCGUGAGAUGCAGCUGGAGUGGCUGAGUGUGUAUCUGCGGGCGUACAAACUGUCCACUAAGAAAGGAGAGGAGGUCAGCGACAGAGAGCUGGAGAGACUCUACAUACAGGUCAACAAGUUUGCUCUGGCAUCACACUUCUUCUGGGGCUUCUGGGCACUCAUCCAGGCCAAGUACUCCUCCAUCGAUUUUGACUUCCUGGGGUAUGCUGUGCUGCGCUUCAACCAAUACUUCAAGACCAAACCUGCAGUGAUGGCUCUACAGAUCCCAGAAUGAGAGGAGAAGAAGAGGGACCCCAUCACUGGCACUGACCAGUGGAGCAGACACACUUUGAGCAGGAGAGGGCUGUGCUGGGGGAUGAGGGACAAAAGUUGGGGUUGAGCAUUAUUAAUGGGGUCGAGGGGUGGGGUAAAUAACAUUUAGAGGGCCGAGUGUGGAUGGACCACAACAUUUUUUUCCAAACCUGGCAGCAAGCGCAAAUACUAUUUAAUUCCUCUUCAACUCUGUCCACCUCUGGCUCACCAGUCAAGCUCAUCAAUAUUCCCCAAAACAGCCAGGGGUGGUCUGUGUGUAAAUGUGUCUUCAUUUAUUUAUUCUGUGAAGAAUUGAUUGACCUACUGACGUAAGAUUAAUUCCCCAGGCAGACGGGUAGCUGAAACGCUAGCUGAGUCCGGGAGCAUUUGGUGCCAACAUGGAGAACAGUGUGCAGACAGUUCUGUAUUUAUGGGCUCUGAGUUUUCCCUGUGGUUGUGUUCAAGGUGUGUAGUGUAGGAGAGAGGGCAGCCAGCCUGUCCUUAAUGUAGGCACUGAUCUGAGAUGAUUUCUUAAGCAAUAUGGUCAUGGUUUCACCAUGAAAAUAGUGUAUUCAUUCAACUCAGAUCUACACGAAGUGGCUAGGGGUUGACGUAGAACUGAAGUUGUAGUUGCUUUCCAUUGAAUGUUGCACUGCAGUGUAGGUUAGAGGGGCUAGCCACGGCAAGACAGUGAUAUGGUCCUUUACUAAUGUCUGUGACAGCAGAGCUGCCUCUGUGGCCAGGAGCAGCUUUGCGUCACUGGUGCUAGACUUUAAACCAGGGCCCUGUUCUCCCUCUGCCUCUUUUCCACCACUUUAGCUUUUAUAGUUAUGGUGACUCGCUCUGUUAAACUUUGCACUCAGACUACUCUGAAAAUCACAACCUCAAUCACCCCUGCCUUCCCCAGUAUCUGACCCCUCUUCCUCCCCCUUUCUCUCACCUCCCUCUGCCCUUUUACACUUCCUCCUCUCUCGACUCUCUUGAUUGGCUGAGGUGGUGGAGGGACUUUUGCCUGAAGUGCACAUAUUCACUGUAACAUCCCAACCUCCAUCCAUGCAGUCAUAACUUCCCUAAAAAGGAGCCAGAAUCUUAUACAAUAGGUUAUUGCGUAAACUGUCAGAGCCAGUGCUUCAAAGGGUGUGGAAUCACUAACCCCAAUGUUGUUCUGAAGCUUAUCAGGAUGUGAGUGAGGUGGCCAAGGACAAGACAGCAGGGUAAAGUCCACACUGAGCCAGCAACCACUUCCUUCUCUGACUGACAUCAUGCUCUUUGGAGGAACUCUUAACACCUUCCUUUAUCCCGGUCCCCCCUUCCUUCCUCUCCAGCCCUCUCAGAUCAGAAGAUCAACAUGUAAGGGGAAGUAGAGGAGAGCCGUAUUAGGAUAUCAUAAGCCUGUCCUGUGAUCCCUGCCUGUCUCCUGUUACUGACGGGGUUAAUAAUUCACCAAUAUAGGAGGCUGGAGGCUUGAUGUAGGAUUGUGUCUAUUCUAUACAGUAUAUUUCUAUCUGCAACAUUCCAAACCAUUUAUGUCAUUGAGUCAGCGGAAUUGGUUGAGAGAAUCUUGUAGUGUUUCCUAAAGGGAUGGUCAAGGCCCUCUUGUAUACAUUUUUAAAGGCCAUUAUGGACAGAGAUGACACUUUGAAAGGCUUCAGGUGAGUCACAGCUCACCACCAACUGUGGUGAACUAACAGGUGACCAAGUGCAAUGAAUUCCUGUUUAUCGUAGAUGUACAUAUGUGAAUGUGUUUCCUUUUGAGUUGACCGUAACAUUUCAGUGAGACUAACUGUAUUCCUGUUAGGGUGCAUCUCAACCAUCUUAGAGUGGAUUCCUUUCCUUUAUCUACACUAAUAGGAAACAAUUAGAUGGAUGACAAAUGAAUCCACCAUAUUGCUUUCAUCCUGUUUUCAGACGUGUGGUGCUGAAGGAGAGAAGAGGGAGACUGACCAUAAGAGUAUGAGGGAGACACUAGAUGGAGACAAGGUGGUCGAAUGUCAAGAUGUUCUAUGCACCAAAGCACUCCUGGUGGUCUGUGGUUACAUUCAACUAAACUAGUCAGACACUAGAUUGGCAAGCUACAACAAACAGAAGUGGCAACAUGGGUUAAUGGUUGAGAUUUGUGAUUAGAAAGCAACAGCCUACUUCAUGCUAGCAUGGCCAGAUAGAUUACUGUAAAUGUCUGCUUCCUGAAUGCACAACCAAAAAUGACCCUGGGUUUCAUGGAAAUGCACCCCACUUAUUGAAGUGGUAGACCAACUACGGCAGGCUAGGGCUGCUUUCCUCUUCUUAAAUAUGCCCUUAACUCCCUUCACAAAAUGUAAAUGAUUAUGCUUAUUGCUACUACUAGUCUUUUUAGAAACUCCCUCCAGCCUAACACCUAUCCAAUCCUCUCAGAUCUUUGAGGGCAAGCCAGCAGGAGCGGGUUCAAGAAUCGCAGUGCCCGUAGGUCUACUAGUAAAAUCUAUAAAGUAGCGUUUUUAUACACUACUACAGCACAUGCCUUUACUGGACAAACGUUGAAAGAGCUUUUGAAUGUGUCCUAGAAGACUUUACAUUUGAAGUAAAGGAAGUAAGUUCACCAUUUAGAAAAAUAGCCAAUAAUACACAUGUAGGAAGUUAAAUGUGCGCUAAUGUGGGACUUGAUUUUAUUCUUUCAACAUAACCCUGUGGAUAUGUGCUGACUGGAAGGGUUACAUCCUGACUCUGGUAAUUGUAGACUAGAGAUGUGUUGAAGGGCAUAUUCAUGUUUUCAUUUUACGUUUUCUAUAUACACAUACCAAAAUGGUUAGCUUCAUAAGGCUUGCAGUUCAUUUGCAAAUAACUUAAACACUACAGGAAACUAGAUUCUACUUUCUCCAUGUUUUAUUUUUUGACUUGAAUUUUAGGUGAGUGUAGGGAGUCAGCGGUUGUAAAUACUAAGAAAUACUGUGAAUCUGACUGUACAGUAAUCCUCCACACUUGAGUGCUGGGGAGAGUAACAUUUGUCAGUAAAUAUUUCCAUUAAACGUUGAACUAUU